AUGGUUGAAUCACGAUAUACAGCCCCAAGAAUCGUUAGAAAGCAAUCCAAUCGGCAUAUGGUAAAGUGCUACCCAAGCUAUGAAGAAAGUAAACAGAAAUUGAGAGAAUUUCAAACCAAAGUAAAAUUUUGAAAAAAUGAGGCGGAGCUCCAAGGAAAUGUGAUAGAUUGGGUGUAUGAAGAGUCGCUUAAGCAGUUCAAGCAAGAGCCAGACACAGCGAAUUGUGUAAUUUUAAAAGUGCCUGGAGGGCUAGUAGGAUAUAGAGCUUAUGAUAUCAAAAAUGAUAAAAGGCUACAACUCCCAUUUAGAAGUUUAGGAGGAGGGUUUAGUGAAGGAAAUAAAAAUAGCUCACAGAAAAAUAGUAGCUCUGGGUUGAAGCUAAGGCAGCCACAAGAGUUAUAUGAGAGCUCAUUAUAUAUAAACCAUAACACUGAUAAAUAA